AUUUAACUGUCCACUACAAACAGAAAAUAGAGAAAUGGCGCUUCGAGUAAAGUUCAAAAUCUUUUUUUCUUGUAUUUUCUUAAUGUUUUGUUAUAUUAUUUAUCGCUCAUUUACAAACAAUUUUUAUCAGUUUUACAUUGUAACACCGAGGAUAGAAAAACUUUUAAUUGAAAACACAAAUUCAUUAAACGAUCUAAAAGAAAUAAUAGUAAGCAAAAUAUUUCCAAGAAAUUUCAGCGAAAACUUUCUGACGGCAUCCGAGUCGCAAAGUGUUAAUACACUUGUAACAAACAGCUAUAUAGCAUCUAAAGUUGAAAGCUUAGAGUCUAUUGAAAAAAAAGAUAGAGAUGUUUUAAGUCAUAUAACAUUUGAUGGAGUGAAAAAGCAAAAUAUUCCCUACACCAUCUUGUUUCUUAUAUCUUCACACACUAGACAUGCAAACCGUAGAAAUAUUAUACGGAGUACGUGGGGUAACCCUUUAUCUUGGGUAGAAACCAAUUGGAAAGUAGUUUUUUUAUUAGGAUACGAAGAAAACAUUCAGCUAAUGGAAAAUGCAAAGCUAGAAGCAAUACAAAACGAAGAUAUUAUUGUCGAAAAUAUUAGAGAAAACUUUUAUGAUCUUGCCAAAAAAGUCAUCAUCGGGUUAACUUGGGCUAAAAAGUAUAUAAAAUUUGAAAACAUUCUAAAAGGAGACGAUGAUACUUUUAUGAACAUUGAUAACAUUAUAAAGUUUGUUAAGAAAAAUCAUAUUUUAGAAGGAUAUUUUGGACAAAAAAUGGAAAAACAGCCGGUAGAAAGAAAUGGUCGAUACAAAGUUACUAUAGAAGAACAUAAAAAAAAUCAUUAUGACCCUUAUUGCUCUGGAGGGGGAUUUAUUUUAACUAACCAUAGCGUCUACAAAAUAUUAGCAAACAUCGACAUAACAAACACUUUACGGAUAGACGAUGCACAUAUUGGAGAGGUUGCUUUUAAAGCAGGCAUCGUUGCAAAAUCAAUUGAAGGGUUUUUUAUGUGGAAUGAUUGGUGUGAAUACAAAAAAGGGAUAAUGGUUUCACAUCCAGCAAACGAAGAAUGCAUUAGUUUUUUAUUAAAAAGAUCGUUAAUUGACAAUGGUAAACGUCAACAAAAUGCAGUUCUAGAGAGUCAAAAAUUUUAUAAAACUAAAAAACUAAAAUAGAAAAUUUUAAAAGUUUAAUAAAAAUUAUAUUAACUCUAAUAAAUUAACAUAAGCAUAUCAAUUAAUAUAAACAACAUAAGGGUUCUAAAUUUUUUUAUGAAACAAUGAAAUAU